AUGCAAAAGAUGAUGCAACCACCAGACGAAAUUUAUGAAGAACUAUUUGAAGAAAUUCAAACAUCACGUAUAUUUUUCGAUUCUAAAACCUUUUGUGAUGCAAUUUCACGACAAUUUACUCCAUAUGAAAUUCUCAACGAAUAUCGUCAAGAGAAAACAAAAUCUUCAUUCAAUCUUUCUUCUUUUGUUUUCGAACACUUCAUUGCACCAUCUACAAUCGAUCUGAUCAUCAAUGAAAAGCGUUCCCUCGAAGAAUACUGUCAUUGUCUUUGGCCUUUGUUAACACGAACAGUCAAAAGCGUAAAUUAUUCAUCAAUCAUCGAAGUUCCAUAUCCAUUUAUUGUACCCGGUGGUCGUUUUCGUGAAUUUUAUUAUUGGGACACAUAUUUCACAAUGUUGGGUUUAGUUCGGUCGAGUGAGAUCGAAUUGGCAAAUCACAUGUUGGACAAUUUUGCUUAUUUAAUUCGAACAAUUGGACACAUUCCAGGUGGAAAUCGAUCAUAUUAUGUCGAUCAAAGUCAACCGCCGUUCUUUUCGUUAAUGACACAACUGUUAGGACAAACGAAGAAAUAUCAACAUGAAUUAGAAAUCGAAUACGAAUUCUGGAUGACGAAAAGAGCAGUGACAUUAGAUAAUGGAACAAUUCUAAACCGUUACUAUGUUGAUAAUGGCAACAAACCAAGGCCCGAAGCUUUUCUUGAAGAUGUUCAGACAGCGAAAAACUCCAAGAAUGUCAAUAUUUAUUUGGAUUUAACAGCAGCUGGUGAAUGUGGAUGGGAUUUUAGUUCACGAUGGAUGGAAGAUGAAAGUGAUUUAUCAACAAUUAUGAUUACAAAUCUCCUUCCCGUUGAUCUCAACUGUUUGUUAUAUCAUUUAGAAUUGUCGAUAGGAAAAACAGAUGAAGCAAAACGUCGUUGUCAAGCUAUUCGAAAGUAUAUGUGGUCAGAUAAGCGGCAAUUUUUUACAGAUUAUGAUUUUAUUCAAAAGAAACCAACAGAUCGUGUCACUCUCGCUGGUCUGUUUCCUUUGUGGCUUGAUGUUUCAACAGAAGAUCAAGUGAAACACGUGGCUGAGCAAACUGAAUCUUUGUUUUUGUAUGAUGGGGGUCUUGUGACCACCAUAGCAAAACAAAGUUCACAACAAUGGGAUUAUCCGAAUGGAUGGGCACCACUUCAGUUCAUUGCUUAUCGUAGUUUACUUCGAUAUCCUCAGUAUGAGAAACUUGCUCAGACGAUUCGUCAACGAUGGAUGAAUUUGAAUGAACGUGUUUUUGCAGAAACUGGAAAAAUGAUGGAGAAAUACGAUGUUGUGAAUAUCGAUAAAUUAGCGAGUGGAGGAGAAUAUCAAGUUCAAGAGGGUUUUGGAUGGACAAAUGGUGUUUAUUUAGAAAUGCUUCAUGAUUACAGAUCAGAAAUACAUUCCUUGACAUGA